UGAAAGUUUUGACGCGACACCGUCCAAUUGCUCUCUCUCUCUGCCUCCCCUUUGAGAUUUGCCUUCUAUUCCCAUCAUGCGUUCUCAGAACAGCCUGGCCCUUGCGGCCGUGACCCUUUCGUCCUUGACGGGCUCCGCGCUGGCCCAGACCGCCAAACAGCUUUUCAAUUUCACGACCUACGUCGACAUCGAGAACAGCAUCCUCCGUUCCAAUGGCCAGCUUUUGUUCACCACCCUCACCGGUCCUGAGCUGUACACGAUCGAUACCAACGCGGAUGAGCCCACGGCCGAGGUUGUCCGUUACCUGCCUGGGGUCACGGCUCUGACUGGCAUUGCCAGGGUCGACGAUGACAAGUUUGCUGUUGCUGGAGGCGUCAGGGGCAGCUAUAGCUACGCCAACGAGACCAUCUUCACCAUUGAUUUCACCGAGGCCACCGAGGAGAACCCAAAUAUCACUGUGCUGGAGACAGUUGCGACCUUGCCUGACGCGAUCAUGCUCAACGGCAUGGCUGCACUGCCUUCCAACUCCCACGUCCUGGUCCUUGCCGACUCUCGCGUGGGUUGUCUCUGGCGAGUCGACAUCGACACUGGCUCUGUUGCCGAAGCCGUCACGAGCGAGUACUUCCUGGCCCCCGACAAUGCCACCACCCCGAUCGGAAUCGACGGCCUGAAGAUCACCGCCGAUGGUUCCUACGCCUACUUCACCAACGUCUAUCUCGAGCUCCUGGGGCGUAUCCCCAUCGCAGACAACGGCUCCGCCCUGGUCGCCACGGGAGACGCCGAGAUCGUGACCAACUUCCUCGGCGAUGAUGACUGGGAUGACUUCCAGCUCAACGGCACCAUCGCCUACGGCGCCCAGGACCCUUACUACCUGUCCUCGGUGGACCUGACCACUGGCGAGCUGACCGUGCUCAUCAACGACACUAGCAUCGCCGGCGGACCCACCUCGGUCGUCCUCAAGGGUGACGGGUCUACCAUCUACCUGACCACCCGUGGAGACUCGACUACCGAAGCGAGUGGCCAGAUUAUCGAGAUUACGCUGUAA